AUGCACAUCACCGUCGUCCCCGCCUCCCCCAAAACAGGCCUCGCCACCAUCCGCGCCCUCCUCGCCGACCCCCGCCAACCGACCAUCCGUGGCUACUACCGCAACCUGUCCAAGGUCCCCGCCGAGCUGGCUGCGCAGCACCCGCGCUUCGAAGCUGUCCGGGGCGACGUCGAGGAUUUGGAGACUCUCGACUUUGCCGGGUCGGACGCUGUCUUCAACAUCACGCCGCCGUUGUAUCAGGAAGGGAGGGACAUUGUUGCGCAUGCGCGGGUGGUGUCGGAGAAUGUGAAGACGGCGGUACGCAAGGCGGGGGUGCGGAAGGUGGUGUUGUUGUCGAGUGUUGGGGCUCAGUAUGGGAGUGGGACGGGUGAGAUCCUCAGCAACCACGCGGCCGAAGUCGCCCUGGCCGACGCUGCGCCCGAGGUUGCCUUUGUGCGAUGCACCUACUUCAUGGAGAACUGGGCGACUGCUCUCGAGACGCUGCCGGCGGGCUUCUUCUUCUCUACUCUGACUCCGCUCGACUUCCCGCUGCCUAUGGUCGCAAUCAAAGACAUCGGCCUCACCUGCGCCGACGAACUCCUCACCCCCCCUUCCUCCUCCCCCAGCCCAAUCAUCUACGAGCUCCGUGGCCCGCGUGAGUACACCACUGUCGACGUGCAACAGGCCAUCGCCCAGGCCACAGGCAAAGAGAUCGAGGUCCGCCCCGUGGAAAAGGACGGCCUGGAUGCGUUCUACGCCGCGGUGUUUCCGCCCAGCGUAGCCAAGUUGUUUGCUGAGAUGAACCGGAGCUUUUUGGAGGGUGGGAUUCUGGCCCUGGAUCCGGAGCCGACCAAGGGGGAGACGAAGUAUGGGAAGACGGAGUUGGGGGAGGUGAUUCGGGGGCUGGUGGGCGUGGAUGAGUUGGAUUAG